GAGAAAGAGAGAGGUUGAGACUCACACACCAGAGUGAAGGGGGAGGUGGUAAAGGAGACAAGAGACAGCAGGGAAAGAGACAGAGAUAGAGCCACAGAGACAGACAGUAGCAGGCAGAAAAGAGGGGAGGGGGGGGGGAAGAUAGACAGAAAUAGAGGCUCUCUCUGAAUGCAAUAUAAAGGGGGAGGAGAAGAAAAAUCCAGGACCAUAACUACACCCCAGAUGCAACGCAAGCAACAACUUCGUCAAGAUAACACAGACUUUGUGAGAGACAAAAUUAUAAAUUACAGAACAGAAAUGAAUCUCAAACAACUUCAGCCCGUUUGUACCUAGAGAAAGACAAGAAUAUCCAUUCAAAUCAAACAAACUGGGUCCAGAAAACGCCUCCAGCAGGAAAAGAAAGAAACCACAACAACAACAGAAGCGCUCCAAGAGGCAGAGAGAAACCCUGAAAGCAGCACACCUCCCGUGAACCUCGGAUGCCGCCACGGACUGAGUUGCACUUUUCGCCCAGAGCAUUAAUUACAGCCUUCUUUUCUGAAUUUGGGGGAGGGAUAAAACAGAGUGCAAACUCUCUCAUUCCCAUCGGGCCUUAUUAGACUUGAGGACUUCUUCCAUCCUUGGAGAUAAUUUUCCAACGAACCAUUCAGCCUAUAUUAAUAUUUAGCUUUUUUUUUUUUUAAGGCUGCACUUAGCACUUAAACGACGGGUGUUUCCAAGUUUGCUGGAGCUGUCUCUUUUAUCAACAAGGUUUUUGGCUUAAAACUGAAUCCCUUUGGGAAGUAAGCCUGGAUUCUUUUGCAUACCUAUUACUGCCCCCCCCCCCCAUUUUAAAAACCAAAAGAAGUAACAACAACCAAAAGUAUUUCAGGUGCUUUUUUUUCCUUUUUUCUUUUUAAUCACUUUUUUUAGGAGGAGGAGGGAGUAACAGAUAAAGAGGUGGAGUGAGAAAGGAAGGGGAGCCAGAGAUAGCAGCCCCACAGCUGGGGUGGAAAAGAAAAGGAGAGCGAAAUUGGAGGGGGGGAGUUGGAGUAGCGGGUUGCCUUUUUUGCAAGCCGCAGGGCUACCACCAGUGAGUAAGCCUUGGAUCCCUCAACGUACUGCGAGACCCCGGUGUAUAGCCCGGACCUGUGCCCCAACAUGAUAGCGGCUCAGGCAAAGCUGGUGUACCAGCUCAAUAAGUACUACACAGAGCGCUGUCAGGCGCGUAAGGCGGCAAUCGCCAAGACGAUCCGAGAGGUCUGUAAAGUGGUCUCGGAUGUGCUGAAGGAAGUGGAGGUCCAAGAGCCUCGCUUCAUCAGCUCCCUGAGUGAAAUCGAUGCCCGCUACGAAGGGCUGGAAGUCAUCUCUCCCACCGAGUUCGAGGUAGUGCUCUAUCUCAACCAGAUGGGCGUUUUCAACUUCGUGGACGAUGGCUCGCUGCCUGGCUGCGCAGUACUCAAGCUGAGUGACGGUCGUAAGCGAAGCAUGUCUCUCUGGGUGGAGUUCAUCACCGCAUCAGGCUACCUCUCAGCGCGCAAGAUCCGCUCGCGCUUCCAGACACUGGUGGCGCAGGCAGUAGACAAGUGCAGCUACCGGGACGUGGUGAAAAUGAUCGCGGACACUAGCGAGGUGAAGUUGCGCAUCAGGGAGCGCUAUGUGGUACAGAUCACACCAGCGUUCAAGUGCACUGGGAUCUGGCCCCGCAGCGCGGCCCAGUGGCCUAUGCCCCACAUCCCUUGGCCUGGCCCCAAUCGGGUGGCAGAGGUCAAGGCCGAAGGGUUCAACUUGCUCUCCAAGGAGUGCUACUCUUUGACAGGCAAGCAGAGUUCUGCAGAGAGUGAUGCCUGGGUGCUUCAGUUUGGGGAGGCUGAGAACCGACUGUUGAUGGGCGGCUGCCGAAACAAGUGCUUAUCAGUGCUGAAGACUCUGAGGGACCGUCACCUGGAGCUGCCAGGCCAGCCGCUCAACAACUAUCACAUGAAAACCUUACUGCUUUAUGAGUGCGAGAAACACCCUCGGGAAACUGACUGGGACGAAGCGUGCCUAGGAGACCGGCUCAAUGGCAUCCUGCUGCAGCUCAUCUCUUGUCUGCAGUGCCGGCGAUGCCCCCACUAUUUUUUGCCCAACCUCGACCUCUUUCAGGGCAAGCCUCAUUCGGCUCUGGAGAGCGCAGCCAAACAGACCUGGAGGCUGGCCAGAGAGAUUCUCACCAAUCCCAAAAGCCUGGAUAAAUUAUAGGGUGGUGGAGACUACUUAGAAAAGUAACAGCAACGACGUACUCCCGUCACACAGCAGAAAAACAAAAACUCCAAAACACAAAUUUUUAUUUAAUCAUCAAGCAAAAAGAAGAAAAAACAUCCUUACCACCAGAUAGAGGAACAUUUAAAAAACAAACAAGUCAUCUUGUACAGGACAGUGAUCUUUCUUCCAAAAAAAUGUGAAUUUAAAAGAUCACACAAAAGAAGCAAUCGGACUUUGCCACAACAAAACGAAACCCAAGGUACAUUUUCAAAUCCCUGUAUAGUCGUCUUUUCCUCCUUUUAUCUCCUCUACUUUGUUUUCUGUUUGCCUGAAUGUUGUCACCAAGUGAAAAAAAAAUUAUUUAACUAUAUGUACAAAUUUCUCUUUUAAAAGUUUUACUGAUGUUAAAUGUAUUUCAGUGCCAACGUCAGAUUAUGUGCCCUCUCUCUCUCUUGCACCUCUAUCCUCACCCUAAACCCACUUGUUGAAAACAGUAAUAAAAUAUUACUUUAACUUUG